AUGGACCGUAGAAAGAAGCGCGCUUUGCUCGAGCUGAAUAGCAAAGUCUGGGCAGGAGACACAGAUGUGUUCCCAGUCAAUGGUUCCUUCGACUCGUCCCUAAAGAAAAAUACCGCUUUCAUCAAAAGACUUCGAACAGCUGUUACAGCAACGAGCACCCCCACAUUCAUCCAGGAGAUUAAGUCUUUGUCUUUACAGAAGUACCUUUCAGAGGUGAUAUCUGCGAGCUAUGAGGGUCUUUGCAAAUUGAAAACGCCAGGUGAGGUUGUAGCAGGGGUGGAAGUCAUUAGCGCAUUACACCAACGAUUUGGUCCGGCCGAAUACACAAGCAGUCUAGGGUGGCAUGUUGGAAGAGGCUUGAGCACGCCCGAUAAGUCUCAGUUGAAGACUCUGUCACAAGAGACAAGGGAAAAAGAGGAGAGGGAGCGGAUGAGCAGGCAAAGGGUACUCUUGAAAGUUGUGACAGAGUUAUGGUUAGUUGGGGUCCUGAGGAGUUUAGAUGAUGUGACUAGGCCUGAAGAAGCCCUGGCUAGAGGCAAAGAACAUGUUACUACCUCAGGGAAUAAAGUCGGAGAGGCUAUGACCAAGAAAGGCGGCCAGUCUAGUGGAAAGAUCAAUGCAGCAUCAGAUGCAGAACCCUUCCCACUUGAGGUUCUCAAGGAUCUACUUGGACACGACAAAGAACAUACGAAUCUUCCCCUGGUCGUACAAUUCGUCAAGAACUUUACCUGGGAUGUUCUUGGGAUUAAAUCCACGGUCGCGGAAAACCAGAAGUCUGUUAAGGCUGAUGGUGAACUCACUUCCGUGCCUGAUUCCGCCAUUGAGUCCAACGAUGAGACUUCUGGAGACGAAAAUGGCGAUGCUUCAAUCACAACAGACGAUCCACCCUUGAUCGGCACCGAGCUUCAGCAACGCUUCCGGAACAUUCUCAAUCGGUAUUUCGAGGAUAUCAAGCUUCACAUUGUUCGUGAUCAUGAACGAAUCAAUGCACAGGGUAAGCGUAAUGCUGAAGCUUACGUGAAGUCUGGAGAGAUUUUUGAAGAUAGACAGGCCAAUUACGAUAAGCAGUUGAAGGCACAGGAGAAAUUAAUCUCUAACGCUCAGAUCUUAUGCGAUGCGCUUGUGGAUCAAGAAAUGCCAGAUCUUAAAGGCAAAGAAGCUCAAGAUCCAGCGGCGACCGCCGGCAUUGGACUUGUCAAAACGGGCGAGUAUCUCCGUGGCCAAGGGGACGGGGCUGGUAUCUGGGAAGACGAGGAAGAACGAAGGUUCUAUGAAAAUCUCAUCGAUCUAAAGGAUAGGGUACCAUCUAUCCUCUUAGAAGAUCCAAAGAAGAAGAAGAUAGAAGAUGAGCCAGUCGGUAGGAAGAUGACCAGCGAGGGAGAAUCCAGGACUGAGGAAAAAGCUUCAACAUCCGCUGCUGCAGAUGACCAGUCAACUGCAAUAGCCAAUAAGACGGUGGGCGCAAAAGUCGACGCGCUCAUUGCAUGCUUGCCAGAGCUAGUAACAAAAGACCAAGUUGACCAAACAGCUAAUGACUUCGGCUUUCUCAACUCCAAAGCGUCACGAAAUCGCCUGAUUAAAGCUAUUCAAGAGCCUCCUAAAGGCCGAUCCGAUCUGCUACCGCUCUAUUCCCGUCUGGUUGCGACCCUAGGUAAGUACAUGCCAGAUAUCUCACACAGCUUGGUGUCGUACCUGGAUGAUGAAUUUCGAAGCCUCCAACGCCGAAAACAAAAGGAAUUCUUAGGUCAUGUUCGUACUGGCAACAUUCGCUAUCUUGCUGAGUUGACUAAAUUCGGUGUUGUACCAGAACAUGUAAUUUUCCAUUGCCUCAAGGUCAGCUUAGAUGAUUUUUCAAGAAUGAACAUUGACAUUAUUGGCAACCUCCUGGAAAAUUGUGGAAGAUAUCUGUUAAAGAAUCCGGACACAUCACCAAGAAUGACUUCUUUCCUGGAGACGCUUCAACGCAAGAAAGCUGCGCAGCAUCUUGGCCAGCAAGAGCGCAUGAUUAUCGAAAAUGCCAUGUAUUAUGUUAAUCCUCCAGAAAGAGCCGCAAUUCAGCAAAAGGAGAGGUCACCCGUCGAUAUGUAUGUUUCGCAGCUAGUCUAUCUUGAUAUGAACAAACGAACCUACGCGAAAGUCUUGAAAUCAUUGAGAAAGUUGCAUUGGGAAGAGCAAGAGGUAGUUACUACGUUAGAAAAGGUGUUUUCCAAACCAUGGAAGGUCAAAUAUAGCAACAUUUACCUCCUCGCCAUCCUACUCGGGUCUUUGAAUCGCUACCACCAAGAUUUCGUCAUCAUGGUGAUCGACAACCUGAUAGAGCAGGUCACAUUAGGCUUGGAACAGAACGACUUCAAAUUUAACCAACGACGGUUAGCAGAGAUUAGAUAUAUCGGUGAACUCUACAAUUACAAGAUGGUGGACUCGUCUGUGAUAUUUGAUAUGCUUUACCGCAUAGUGACAUUUGGGCACCCCGACGGGACCCCAUCUCCCGUGAAGCUGAAUUCCCUAGAUAUGUCUGACGAUUUCUUCCGAAUAAGACUCGUAUGCACGAUGCUCGAUACUUGUGGUGUAUGCUUCGACCGAGGCGCAUCUCGUAAAAAACUAGACUUCUUUUUGACUUUCUUGCAGUACUACAUUCGCACCAAGGACACCCUUCCAAUGGACAUUGACUUCGUUGUGCAGGACACUUUUGCACUAACAAGACCCCAAUGGAAGUUGGCAGAAACCUUUGAGGAAGCUGGACGGAUAUUUGCUGAACUGGUGAAACAAAAUUACAAAUCUCAAGAACUUGAAAAGCCUCUGGAGCCGGAGGAUCCCGAUGAACUUUCAUCUGAUGGUGAAGACGAUGAAGAUAUGCCGCUCCCUGAGAUGGAGGAGGGUCCGUCCUCCGGCGAUGAAGCAGAUGCUGAAGAGCCUGAGACAAAUGGCAAUUCCGAGAGCGAUUCUGAUUUUGAAGAACAGAUCGUUGUCACCCGCCAAGAAAAGCAGCGCGACCCUGAGGCGGAGGCUGAAUUCGAUCGCGAGCUUCAAAAGAUGAUGUCUGAAAGCCUAGAAUCACGGAAGUUCGAACGCAAGCCAAUGUUUGACGUGCCUCUCCCCAUGAGACGAGCACAGCGACCGCAGACUGCUGGAAGCGAUGGAAGUGACAAUGAACGAAUCGCAUCACCUCCACCAACGAAUACCAUGGCUGUAUCCCUCAUGACUAAAAAAGGCAAUCGGCAGCAGACGAAAAUGAUCGAGAUGCCUUCCGACUCCCAAUUUGCCAUCGCUAUGAAGAAUCAACGAGAAGCCGAGCGUGAGGAGCAAAGGCGAAUUAAAAGUCACAUCCUCAACCUCGACUUCCAGGAUUCAAAUUCAGAUGCAGCUGGUACAACAAGCACUCUCUCCUUCGACCCUUUUCUUUCCCCCAAUCCCAACCUGCCCAGGAGCAGGCCCCCCUUGGUCCCCCAGGAUUUCAAUCGUGAUGCUUACGAUGAUGUUCACAAAGGAAUGGGUGCAGCAGACCGGCAUCCCCAUAAUCCCACACUCGGUCGUUCUUCGUCGAACAAUGCGGUGAAAGCUGCUGAGAAACCUGCUUCGAACCGGCGGAACCAGAGAGCCCCAAAAUUGCAGAUGAGUGAUGUUGAUUGGUAUGCUUGA